AACUCGGAGUUGACGACUGCUUCCGCAGAUGUCGGACGGAGGUACAAGUCAGCGUCUUCUUCCGCAUCAGCGGUCGGAUGCAGAGUGGCAAAGUUAUUUCAUCGGUUCCUCUCGUGCGGUGUGCAAACAUUAUUUUUGGAUUGUUCUCGUUUAAAGGUGAAUUUAGUAAGCUGUUAUCACGUUAAUCUCACUUCGACGGUGCACCAACUUUUUGUACGGGUAUAGAGGCUUAUCGUUCUCGCAUCACCGGGGAUCGAACAGAAAGAGAUUAUGCCGAUGCUAACUUACGGAAACAGCAACGGAUCGGCACCGGAUACGGAAAACGGUUCACCGGCGGAUUCGCUGAUCUCUGCCGACGGCGAGAUCGGCGAUAUCGGAGAUUCUCCCGGGACGCCUCGGGACACCGAGGAGGAAGCGACCUUCUCGGAUGAAUUUUACUCUCACGACACCGACGACGAGGAUGAGCACGGCAAACGACGUCGGGCUACCAGCUCGCUCGACGGGAUUUCUGGAUCUGGAGGGAGUCGCCUGGGUUCCCCGGUUCCUCGGACUGGGGGUCUGGGUGUUCGAAAGCUCUUCACCAACAGCCGCGAGCGCUGGAGGCAGCAGAAUGUUAGCGGAGCGUUCGCAGAACUGAGGAAACUGGUACCCACGCAUCCACCGGAUAAGAAACUUUCGAAAAAUGAGAUUCUGCGAAUGGCAAUCAGGUACAUAAGACUUCUGAGCAACGUGCUUGACUGGCAACAGGGCCAAGAUCGGAACGGAUUGCAGUCAAGUUGCAAUUCGACUGUUCCCGAGUUACGGGUGAAGAGCGAGCCUAUAUACUUUGGAUCACAUCAGACGAAACCCGGAAGUCCAGGGUUCUUCAAACAAGAAAAAAUCACCAGCAACUUGACACCUGACGGCGGAUACAAGCCGGGCUAUGCUGCUCAGCGACAUACGGCACACUCAUUUCUAACUUGUCACAGAAACGGAAACGAUCUCCUAAUGAUCGCCCCGAUGGGUGCUGGAAACGCGGGAAACGUUGCUGGGAGUAACGUCCCGAGAGAAAGACCGGGGAACCACUAUAAUUCCGCUAACGGAACAGCGAACGGCUUGACAUCUGGCAUUGUGAAUGGCGCCAGGCAUAUCGGCUACGGGAAAUCCCCUGCCACCAACGGCCCAGCCAUCUUGAGCAACGGGUCUGGUGGCGUGGUUGGAACUGGAACCGGAAGCGGAAGCGGUCCUGGAGGCGCAGUGAGUUCUGUGUCACACAAACGGCUCAAGGUGGAAGCUGCUGAGGAGGAUCAGGGCGUCCAGAGCAAAGGACUUUCCCCUGUUACAACGAACGCCAGGAAGAGGGCACGGAUCAGUUUGACCAAAGAUGGCACGGCUGUGUUUAGGACCUCAGAGUUUAAGAGAGUAAACAGGAAGUAGAAGGUGAAGACAAGAAAAGUGGAUUUCCAUGACGGUUGAAAAACUACUCUUGUGUGUAUGUAUAGAAGGAUCUUUGCAAUGGAAAAUCGCUGGAAUAUUCAGAACGGAAUAUCGGAAGGCUUAUGUGAAGAU